UUUAGUGGAAGUCAGUGAAAUCUUUUAGGGUCAUGUGAUAACUCUCUCGCUCUUUUUUUUUUUUUUUUUCCCCUCUCAGGAAGAUGGCGGACGGUUUUUCGCUUAAUGAUGCCUUAUCUGGGCCUGGGAACCCAAACCCUCAAGGAUGGCCUGCUCCAUGGGGAAACCAGCCUGCUGGGGCAGGGGGCUAUCCAGGAGCUGCUUACCCUGGGGCCUACCCUGGACAGGCACCUCCUGGGGCUUAUCCUGGUCAAGCACCUCCAGGAGCUUAUCCUGGGCAGGCACCUCCAGGGCCUUAUCCUGGGCAGGGGCCUCCUGGUGCCUACCCUGGCCCAACAGCACCUGGGGCUUAUCCUACAGCGCCUGGAGCCUACCCCGGGCAGCCAGGCGGGCCUGGGGCCUACCCACCUCCCGGACAGCCAAGUGCUCCCGGGGCCUACCCUGCUGCGGGCCCCUUUGGCACUCCCGCUGGACCACUGACUGUGCCUUAUAAUCUGCCUUUGCCUGGAGGAGUCAUGCCUCGCAUGCUGAUAACAAUUCUGGGCACCGUGAAGCCCAAGGCGAACAGACUUGCUUUAGAUUUCAAGACAGGAAAUGAUGUUGCCUUCCACUUUAACCCCCGCUUCAAUGAGGACAACAGGAGAGUCAUUGUGUGCAACACGAAAAAGGACACCGUCUGGGGGAAGGAAGAAAGACAGAUGGUUUUCCCCUUUGAAAGUGGGAAACCAUUCAAAAUACAAGUACUGGUUGAACCCGACCACUUCAAGGUUGCAGUCAACGACGCUCACUUGUUGCAGUACAAUCACCGGAUGAAAAAUCUCAAGGAAAUCAACCAACUGGGAAUUUCUGGUGACAUAGACCUCACCAGUGCUUCAUACACUAUGAUAUAAUCUGAAAAGAGCAGAUACUUUUUUAAGAAAUAAAAUUUAAUCUAAAACUUACAGAGCUUCAUGUUCACUAUGAGUGAAAAAUUCUACAUUUAUUCAAUAUCUUUCUUAUAAGUCAUCCAUGUAAUAAAUAUUCUUAUGCUGAGGUA